AGAGACCGCGGCGUUGUCUCUAAUUGGUGCACUCAGUCAAAUUUUUUCGUGGAGGAAAAUAGGUGUCGCCAACAAGCUGGCAUUCCUUCAUUGAUCAACACUGCACACAAUUAUUUUUAUUGUCCCAGCUGCAAUUUCAACUCAGAAGACAGAUAUCGGGUUCGAAUCCACUACCAGACAGUUCAUCAACAGAAUAUGAAUUCGACAACUUCAUUAGGUAUGUUUCCUGUUAUUUAUUUCUUCAUCGUAAUUUUAGCUCCAAAUUCCAAUGAGGGCAAUAAUCUUCCAAAGAAAACUGGUCCUUCUGACGAGAUUGUAGACAACAUCGCAACAAUGAGCAAGGAAACCUCAAAUGAAGAGAGGCUUUUCACUUGUGAUGUAUGUAGAAAAACCUUUAAAUGCAAAGAAAAAUUAAACGUUCACAAACGCAGACAUAGCGACAAAAAACCAUUCGUAUGUGAAGCUUGUGGUAAACGAUUUUUGACAAAAGCUGAACUGAAUACUCACAAAGCCGUUCACAGUGAUGAAAAACCGUACAAUUGCAGAAUAUGUGGAAGAAAAUUUAAAACUAAAUCCCUGAUUAAUAGCCAUUUGCGAACCCAUAGUGAAGAAAGGCCUUUCGAAUGUGGAUACUGUAAAAGAGGAUUUAAACGUAAAGAUGCUUUAAAUGUACAUAUGCGCACGCAUUCGGGAGAAAGACCAUACAAAUGUUGUGAAUGCAACAAACAAUUUCUAACUAAACAAAAUAUGCAAACACACUUGUAUUAUAAGAAUCUUACCGACUUGAAGGGACAUAUGUCUUGCCAAACUCGAGACCAACCAUUCAAAUGCAAUGUAUGCGCAAUGAGUUUUUCAAGUAUAGAUGAUUGGAAUUUGCACAAAUUGAUAUUGUUCAAUUUAAUCCAAUGUCCAAAUAGUAUCUGUCUUCGUUUUCCUAAAAUUGCGUGGCUUAUAAUCAGUGCUUUGUGUUGA